AUGGCCUCGAGCCAAGCUACCACCUCUUCUCCGCACCCGCCCCAUACCGCGGGCCCCAGCACUGCGUCGUCGAGCACGACUAGUCCGACGGGCACGCACUCUACCGUAGCCACCACUAUUGGCAAUCGCCACCGCUCCUGGGACGAGGACAAGCAUCUGCACUUGUACAUUCUCGACUACUGCCGUCGCCGCAAGUUCGCCGAGACAGCCUCGGCAUUCGAGCGCGAGGCACGCAUCUCUCCCGACUCCAGACCCAACUUUGACGCCCCCCAGGGACUGCUAUUCGAAUGGUGGAUUGUCUUUUGGGAGACAUUCAACUCACAGCGCUCCCACCUUGUUCCCCCCGGCCAGGGCGAGUCGGGUCCCGUCUAUGUCAAUGUGCGUCGCUUGUUUGUUUACCCAUCUCUCUACUGA